CGCUCACCUGUUCUCUCUGUGUCUCCUCCACCUCACCUGUCCUCACCUGUGCUCUGUGUCGUGCUCAGAACAGCAGAGACACAGGAGGCAGAGGGACAUGGCGAGGCAGGCUGCUUCAUACGCUCGCCCUGUGUUUCUUUUAACCGCCCUGGUUACCAUCUUAUACAUCUCCUGGCUCAGUAUGUCCGGAUGCAUGAGGGUCCCAGUCUACUAUAGAGCUAUCUCACAACAGCAGGGUCCUAAGUCGUCCACGACUCCUCCCACCACGACAGAUCCACCCGGCCUCACCCCCAUCCCCAUCCUGCACCGCAAGAACUACAGCAAACUGCCCGAGUGGGACUUCGACGAUAAGUACAGGACCGACAGGCGUCCGCACAAGACGACACAGAAAUGUGACAGCAGUUUGUGGAGGAGGAUCCCGUCAGAGCCGGAGCUGAGAGACAAGUUCAUCCCAAACCUUCGAAUGUACGUGUACAACGGCAGCAUCAGCAUGAGCGAGUGGAACAGACUAUCACACUUCAACAACCCCUUCGGCUUCAUGGACUACAGACACCAAGAUGUGAUGGCCGGUCUGAGCCUGGUCCAGAAGCCCAAGGAGCCUCUGCUGCUGCCUAAACCAGGCAGAGACUGCAUCACCUGUGCUGUGGUCGCCAACGGAGGAGUGCUCUGGAGGUCCAAGAAGGGAGCAGAGAUCGACAGCCAUGACUAUGUCUUCAGGGUAAAUGGAGCAGUGAUAAAGGGUUUUGAGGAAGACGUUGGGAAUCGCACCGACGUCUACGUUCACACGGCUCACUCCAUCACUGCAUCUGAAAUAAUCUUCAGAAAAUAUAACUAUAUCAGAGCCCCACAUGACCCGGGUAUAAAGUACGUGCUGAUCCCUGAAGGCAUGAGGGACUUUGAAUGGUUGACUGGACUUUACAAACGAGAGAGACUCACUAGUGGAUCAUAUAAAGGACGCCGUCCCUGGACUCAGUACUCGGGUCAGUUCAACGAGACGCGGUUCUACGUUCUUCACAUGGACUUCCUGAGAUACGUCAGAAACAGGUUUCUAAAGUCCCCCACACUGAACCAUGGAUACUGGUCCAUCGUCCGACCCACAAAUGGAGCCUUCAUGAUGUUCUUGGCUCUGCAGCUCUGCGACAGGGUGGAUGCGUACGGAUUUAUAACAGAAGAUCACAAGAAAUACUCCAACUACUACUUUGAGCGUGGAGCUAAUACUCACAUUGUGUUCUAUGCAAACCACAACUACAUCCUAGAGAGCACAGUGUGGAGAAGGCUUCAUGACCUGGGCAUCAUUAACCUGUACCUGGGAAAACCACAAGAGCCCACACAGCGCCCCCCGAAGGAAACACAGAGCCCUCCUAAGGACGCACAGGCCCCUCCCAAGGACGCACAGGGCCCUCCCAAGGGUGCACAGGCGCCUCCCAAGUACGCACAGGCCCCUCCCAAGGACGCACAGGGCCCUCCCAAGGAUGCACAGGCGCCUCCCAAGGAUGAAAAGGCCCCUCCCAAGGACGCACAGGCCCCUCCCAAGGAUGAAAAGGCCCCUCCCAAGGACGCACAGGCCCCUCCCAAGGACGCACAGGGCCUUCCCAAGGAUGAAAAGGCCCCUCCCAAGGACGCACAGGGCCCUCCCAAGGAUGAAAAGGCCCCUCCCAAGGACGCACAGGCCCCUCCCAAGGAUGAAAAGGCCCCUCCCAAAGACGCACAGGCCCCUCCCAAGGAUAAACAGGCCCCUCCCAAAGACGCACAAGGUCCUCCCAGGGACGCACAGAAAACUAACACUACAAAAACCUAAUGAGGCCGGUGUCCAAUAUUGACUGAAAAUGUCUUUAAAAGGCCCAUAUUAAUAUUUUUUGAUUCAUGUUCUAAUGUGGUUUCCUCAAAAACAGACCUGGAGUUGUGUUUUGUUUCAUUCA